AUGUGGACGCUGCUGCUCGUUCCCUCAAUUUUGAUUGGGGUUAUUGCUUAUUACUUGUAUAGCUUCAUCUUCAUUGCUUAUGACAAGGUAAGAAUUUAAUUAUUAAUGGAAUAGGUGGUAGUCUAGACAUAGCUUUGGUUUCAAAACGUAUCGCAGAAACCGAAAGACAGCAAGUUUUAAACAGUGAAACAUGAGGUUCAAAACAAGCAGUCAUUCUGUGCCCCUGUGGUACUUUUUGAUACCAACUUCGUGCAUAGUUUGAUCUCUUUUUGGAUCUUACUGUUACCUAAUAUGCGCCUUACAAGGGAAGUCAUUUAAGUCACGGAUCGAUUUUUAAAAACGACUGUUACGGUAAUGGAGAGGGUGGAAUGAGGAUAUCGAAUCUGGAAACCGCUACCUCCUCCGGCCUCUGGGAGCUGAGGUAUCGACCAACAAGUUUGACCAAAAAAAGUUGCCUCGAAAAGUCCUCCUUUCCAUUCGGUUCUGUCCUUUCGCUUUCGAAACGGAGAACUUUUCGGAGGGAAUUUGGUCAAACUUGUUGGUCGAUUAUCUCGGCUCCCAGAGGCCGGUGGAGGUAGCGGUUUCCAGAUUCGAUUCCGCCAUUCUACCCCCUCCAUUGCCGUAACAGUCGUUUUUAAAAAUCGAUCCGUCACUUAAGUGACGUCCCUUGUAAGCAGCUCUGUCAUCGAAGCUUUCCGAUAAUACAGUUUUACAAAAACGUUGCAGCACAACUUCCCUACUGAUGGCUACUUCGGCCCAGGCGCUCCAAAACCGGAUGAUGAAACCAUCUACCCUUUCUCCAUCAAUGUUUCCGAUGCUCAGAUUGAAGACCUCAAAUCCAGACUCCGGAAUUCUCGAGUCACUCACAGCGAUCUCGAAGAUACCAAGGCUUUUGAGUUUGGGUUAAGCCGAAAAGCAUUGGACGACUUCCGAAACUACUGGCUAAAUGAAUACGACUGGAGAGUCCACGAGAAAAAACUAAAUGAAUUUAGUCAUUUCAAAACUCAAAUCGAAGGAAUCGAUCUGCAUUUUGUCCAUCAGGAAGCGGACAAAACCAAGUACAAAAAGGUGCUCACUAUCCUAUUGGCACACGGCUGGCCUGGAAGUGUUUAUGAAUUCAGUAAAAUCAUCCCAAUUUUGGUCGAUCCCAAGGCAAAUGGAAUCGAAAGCGAUUUGGCAUUCAAUGUAGUGGCGCCUUCCACUCCUAACUAUGGAUGGAGUGGCCCGACGCACAAAACUGGUGAGUAGCUCGGCCAGAUCUGUACGAACAAAGUUCAAAUCUGCCAAGGUUUUUGAGGAAUCUCUAUAUCUCACACCAAACCCCAUAAUUCCUUUCAUUGAAGGUAUGAACACCGGAGCCGCCGCUCGUAUCUUCAGCAAACUUAUGAAACGUCUAAACUACUCAAAAUACGUCGUACAAGGCGGAGAUUGGGGAUCUUAUAUUGUGUCAAACCUUGGCAGACUCUACCCAGACAACGUCAUUGGAGUCCACUUGAAUAUGAUCCGAUCACUAAGACGGGAUGUCAUUUUCCAACAGAUACUUUGCUCCAUUUUCCCCAGCCUAUUAAAGGGAGAGCCGUUACAGAAUUAUACCUUUAUGUCAACCAUAAAAUUCUACUUGCUUUCCGGGGGAUACUUCCACAUUCAAGCGACCGAACCGGACACUUUGGGUGAGUUUUAGAGUUCAGCUUGAAAACUGACUUGUUUCGUAUAGAUUUUUUUUUUAAAAACAGGGUCAAACUACGUAAAAAGUGGUGUAAUACAAUUGAAACCCCUAAAAACAGCUAGAACAUACUGAAAAGAGCGCGUAGACCCCAAUAGUUUCCAUAAAAAAAGGCUUUCAGAUACCAAAUGAGACUUUUAGGUAAAAAUUACCCUAAAAUCCUAGAAAGCUCGCUAUAACAAAAAUUGCUUCCAACAAAUAACUCCUGAUGCAAUUUUACUACCCCUGUUAUUUCAGGUGUUGGCCUAACUGACUCCCCAGUCGGCCUUUUAUCCUGGCUUAUGACCAUCUACUACAAGGGAACCGACCUCCGACUCAUGGAAACCCCCGAUUACGAAGAAAUUUUCAAGAAACACGGUAAGGACGAGCUCUUCACAGCCAUCUCGAUCUACUGGUUCAACGGGAACAUCUUGAACAGUGUCAGAACUUACAAGGAAAACGUGGGAAACACUGAAUUGGAAAACUUGCAAAGGUAAUAUAAUUUUGCGUCAAGAUAAUCUUGUAGAACCUACAUCCCUGUGCCAACUGCUUACGCCGCCUUAGAACUCGACGCUGUGCCAGCUGUGCCGAAAAGAGUCGCCGAUAUUAUCGGGAAUAUUGUUCAAUACAGUUAUGUGCCAGAUCUUGGACACUUCGCGUGCCUAGAAGGACCGAAAAGAAUGGCCAAGGACAUUUUCAAGUUUGCCAAGUUGCUCACAAAAUAA